CUCUACUGUGCUUGUUAUCUGCUGUAUUUCCGUACAAAAUUUCCUUACUAUUCGAAUUGGCCUAAUGGUGGCUGUUGAAACCCGUCCUACACACUGGCCCGGAAUAGGCAAAGCCGUCAAUCUGACGUCCACUAUCCUCAUGAAUUAUUUCGGCAUGUGGAGACUAAUCGUCUACUGUAAGACCAAUGCACGCUUAGAUCAGGCCGAGUGUAACGCCUCAAGAUGGAAUCGAACUUAUAAUUUCAGGUUGGAGUGAAUGCUGUAUCAUACUCGCUAUCGUAUGAAUCAUGUUACAUAUCCACGUAGCAACAUUA